GAUUACGUAACUGCCAAGGACUCUGCUGUCGCCUGCUGGCACUCGGCGUGCUCACCGCUCAUAUGGACCUGGACGCAAUAGGCGUGCAUUGUGCUCUGGCGUCCUGCAAUGAACGGGAUUUUUUACCUACUCAAUGCGAUUGUCUCCGAAGCUUCUGCAGGUUUCAUAUAUCGCCAGAUUCCCAUAACUGCACGGCUUCCCGGAAACCCGUAGUGACUCCACAAAGUUUGACCGCAGGACGAGCCAGGUGCACCCUGUCAGGUUGUAAUAAUCCCUUACUCACCUCCUGGACUGGUGGGGUGGGUGACGAACGGACUCCUGCCGCAGGUUGCCUAGCUUGCGGGCUUUCCUUCUGUGUUCAUCAUCGUCAUCAGGAAUCGCACACAUGCUCUGGUUUAAUCAACCGAGUGAGCCAAGUGAACCGUGAACCAACUCAGUCUCUUUCGCCACUCCUCUCAAAGGCUAGACCAUCCUAUACACCUAUGGCGGUGCGACAAAGUUCCUCAAACCGUACAAAGUCGGCACAAUUGCAGAAGGCAAACGCGAUGAAGAUGCGUCUUAAAUCCAUUCGAGGAGAUCCCAAGGACAAUGGUUCUCUCAUUCCCGUAGAGCAACGCGUCCAUGUAAGCGUAUGCUACGAAGUGGAUGGUUCCAGUCAGCCACGCAGGGAAGGUAUCUUUUGGUUUCAAAAGUCCAUCGUCGUUGGUAGGGCUUUGGAUCUUCUUGCGAAUCGGUUUGAUAUCCCGCUCUCAAAAGCAUCGUCACUAACGUUGCAUAGGACGGAUGAUUUAUUGGAGUUGCCAGAUCAUCUGCCCCUGUCAGAUCACGUUGCCGAUGCUUCGAGUUUAACAUUGCGCCGCUCGUCGAAUGCCUGAUAGAUUUCGUAGAUUCGCCUGGUAUAAUGUUAUGACAACAUUUUCUUUCGAAUUAAAUGACA